CGCACUCGUCCUCUUAAACGUCGACGAUCCCCUCGAUUAUUAACGCCGGGUUUCGCCAGAUAAAAAGUUACUUAAUAACGAGCCACACGCUUGUAUAUUUUCAAAUUUCCAUUUUAGUCGCGGAGCACGUGGGGAUUCAUAGCGCAAGGAGGUAAAAGUCACGGCUCUCGCGGUGCAAGAAGCUCAACGUCGCGGCCGGUUUAUGAAUUCGACAGAAAUUUUCUCCGAUAAUCAUUAUAUAUUUCAUACUAUGUGAUAAAUUAACUUAUAAAGUACUUCCAAAAAUGUUGUUUAUUUUUUGUUGAAAUUGCCAACGUAAUUAGAACGAAUGAUUCGAGACUGAAAAAUCAUUAAAAGAAAUAUAAAAACUUGGCAAAUAUAAGAAGUAGAAACUAAGCUCUUCCAUAGUUAUUCAACAGAAUGGCUAAUCCAGGGACUGUUAUUGCACACAUUGUAAAGCUAAUUGUUACCAUUACAUGUAUGAAAUUCUUCAAGGAUUCAUUUACAUUACGAGCGGCCGAGCAAGGAUGGGCCGUUCGCGCUUUUCAAAUCCUACUUGUGCAUUCUAUUCUGGGAAUAUUUAGAUUCGGAGGGCCGGGAAUCACGAAGCGCUUCAGAAACUUCUACGAGCUCUUUUCGAGCGUAAUCGAAGUCGUGCCCUUCGCCUUCUUCACCACCGAAGUCCUGCUCAAGUACUGCGUCCGCGAGGAGUUUCGCUUCCUCCUCCUGGCUUUCGGCCUCUUGCCCACCGUCAUCGAGCUCAGCUCCACGAGGAUCAAGGAUCGCUCGAAGCUACAGAAUUUUACCAACUUCGUGCUCUUCCUGCAGAUGAUUAGCCUCAUCCUGGUGUGCCUCUUCAACGAUAAUUACGGGGGCUUGAGCCUCGGGGCUUCAUUGGCCGUCGCGCGUUACAUCUCCGAGGACUUCUGCGACCAUUACGAAGUGCCCUACGUCGAUCUCUCCCAGUACAGCUUGAGCUUCGUCGAAAUCUUCGCCCUCGCCUCGCUCAAGGAGGCCUAAGUAUACGAUUGAACGGCCGGCCUUGAGCUGCGAGGUCAUGAAGAGGAUCGUCCCCUUGGCGAUCACACCGC